AUGGACGCCAUCUUCUCGCUCGCGGCGGGGCCCCGGGCGUGUGUCCUGGAGCGCGCAGCGGCCCGCAUCCCCGGCUGCCUCUACAUCUGCCUUUGGGCGCCGAUGAUCGCUGGACCGCUCCCUUCCAGCCAUUUGUUUUGCGUGGACGCGUGGAUCACCAACGACGGCGGCGGUCGCGCAAGGGCGGUGUUCGACGAGUACCGGAGAGCGUUCUGCGCCAUCGUGAGCGGGUUAGCUUGCAUUGCAACUCCAUUUCAGGUUCAGCCCAUGGAUUGUUUAGCUCCAUUUGUUUCUGACGGUGGUGGUCACCGAGCUCGCAGCUGCGUGCCCGGCUGGGCGUACAAGGACCGCCGCCCGUACAUGGAGCUGUCGGAGACGGACCUCACGUCGUCGGCGUCGCUGCCCGUGCAGCUGCAGUUCUACCACGAAGCCGGCACGAAGGUACGUUUUCUCGAUUAUUGGUGCGCUGCAUUGCAUUCCAUAAAUGGAGACGACGACCGUGUAGCUGAUCUGCUCGAGGUGGUGGUGCAGAUGGCGGUGUUCAUGGGCUGCGACAACGGCGAGAUCGAGGUCGGGCUGUCGAGCACCUCGGCUCCGGCGGUGGCGAGCCACGUGCAGCACUCGCUCCUGGAGGAGCUCAUGCAGGCAGCACCAACGGUGCCUUCGUCUUCGUCGUCCUCCAUGCCGUCCCUCUCCAUCGGGAGCCCCGAGUACUCCUCGUUCAUCCGCUCAAUGGCCACGUCGGCUGCUGCCUCUGCCUCCGCCGCCACCGGCGCCGCCGAGCCAUCUUCUCAAGAACUGCAGCUGCACCCCGCUGUGCCGCUGCUACCCGGCUUGCCCGCGCCGGUAUAUGGCCCACACGGCCAAGCGCCGUUCCUGGACCCCGAUAACGAGCAGGCUGCAAUGACGCAGGCAAUUCUCGCCGUCAUCUCCUCCUCCGCGCCGCCACCGCCGGCGUCCAUCGCCGUGCCUCCGGCGUCCUCCUUCAGGGCAUACAACGCGGCGCUCUCGCCGCGGGCGCGGCCACGGCCGGGCGAGCCGGGGCAGAGGAUGAUCAAGACGGCCAUCGCGCUCAUGGCGAGCGUGCAAAUGGCAAUGCGCCACCGGGAGCUCGCAGAAGCGCGCCAACAUGAGGAUGCCUCUGCCGCCGCGCAGCCGCACCCGCCGACGCAGCAGCAGCACACCAGCAGCCAGCUUCACCACAUGUUCUCGGAGCGGCGCCGGCGCGAGCGCCUGAACGAGAGCUUCCAGACUCUCAGAGCACUGCUCCCUCUUGGAACAAAGAAGGACAAGGCCACGGUUCUUGCAAACACGACGGAGUACAUGAACAAGCUGAUCGCCGAAGUGUCGGAGCUCGAGGAGAGGAACCGGAGGUUGGAGGCGCAGCUUGGCCUGCUGCCCGGCGAGACCCAGCAAACGCCAAGCGACGACGACCCACCGCAGAGAGUGGCCGUUGAUGUGACCACCGCCGCAUCGACCUCGAGUUCAACGUCCUGUCAACCUCAGGAGGUGAGCGUUAGGGUGACGGUGCGGGCUGAGUGCGAUCUGUCGGAGGUUGUGGUCGCCAUGCUCGCCCGGAUCAAGGAGAUGGGGCGCUUCACCGUGGCGACCGUCGAUGCUCGGCAGCGGAGCAGCGACCAUGCACAAGUCGGCAUCACAUUGCGAGCCACGGGUGGUAACGACGAGCUCGACGAGACAUCCCUCAAGGAAGCUGUGGCGAAGGCCGUCGAGGAUGCGGUGGCAAGACCUCCAUCGCCGCCGUAG